AUGUCGCGAGGUGGACGGGGAAGAGGACGUGGUGGAGGCGGUCGAAAAGGUCCCCUGCCUCCCGAAUUGGACUUUGACGACGACGACGACAUUUCUCUCGCGCCGACCGAGAAAAAGCCACAAGCACUAUUUCCGGAUAUUGAUCUCCCCGUCCCUCGCCCGCCGACGUCCCGCGAACUCGCAGCCGUCAGUCGCUACCUAUCCUUCCGCACCCGCACUCGCAAUGGACCGUACUUUGCGACCCUCGACCCCAGUAGCAUUGCGGAUGAAAAGACGGGCACAACACUCAAGCGCGCGGGGUUCGAUCCGUUCAACGAUCAGGACAAAUACACGGCUAAAUAUCACAAGAAGAAGAGGACUUUACCGGACUUGAAGGGGAGUGGGAGAGAGUAUGCCUUGAAAUACUUUCCACAAGAACUCUGGCCCCUCCUCGACCCGGAAAAGAAGAGUCCGCUCUGGCUGUCGGCGGAUAUCGACGUGGCGACGAAUGCCCCGAAUCGCAAAUCACUGAAGCGGAAGCGAGAUGUCCUUGUCCUCGAAGACGACGAAGAAGGCGAAGAUGCCUCAGCCAAGAUUGCCGACGAUGAAGAAAAUGACACCGACGACUCGGAUCCGCUCCUUUCCGGGUCUCGCCGCGCACGAACGGCGAAGGCAGCAAAGAAGAAGCGUCGGCGCCGCGAGACCGAAUCACGCGAGAAGCGCGGUCUUGACGCCGAAGACGAUUUCGGGCCGACCAAGAAAAAGGCACGCUCUCUGAUAGAGAGCAUUCGCGCAAAGGAGAGGAAGCGGCAGAAGCAAGGGUCCGGCGGUGGCGGAGAGUCCGACGACGACGAAGAUGACGACGACGACGAUGUGCCCGAUCCGCAGGAGAACAACGGCGCAGACGGCGACGAGGAGGCAGGAGACGAAGAUGACGAUGACGACGACGAGCCCGUGGAUUCCGAGUUCGAGGAGUCUGACGACGGCGAAGCCGAUGAUUACAACGCGGAGAAUUACUUUGAUGGCGGCGAAGGGGAUGAUGAGGAUGGCUUUGCCUAUGGCGGUGGUGGCGGCGAUGAGGGGGGUGAAUUCUAG